AUGGCAUUGAAUAAUAUUGAUAUUCUUGGAAAUGAUCAAGAUACUGCCAUUUCAACCAUGAAAAAGUAUUAUAAUGGUUAUCAUUUUCCUGGUUCAAAACAUGCUCUAUUUAACACAACUCUUUCAAUGUUCUUUUUGAACAAACUUGUAAAAGAUGAACCUUUCAGAAAUGCUGUUUUACAAAAACAAGACAUUCCAUUAUCAAUAUUAACAGAUACCAACAUAAUGAUCAGUGAGAAUGUUUUUGCAACUUUGGCAUCAUCAGUUGUAUCAAAUGAUAUCAUUCAACAAUUACUGUCUAAAGAUUAUAUUGAAGUAACAGAGUCUAUUUAUCCUUCACUAAAAUUAAGAGAGAUCAUUGACCCACCAUCCAAUGAAGAGGAUAUAUCAAAGAUUCGUGAUAAUGCUUUAUCAUUCAUGUAUUAUCAUGGUAUGAUUACUUUCACAGAAUCAUCCUCAAAACAAAUGAAUCCAAAACAAUUGUUAAUUCCAAAUGAAAUUACAAAGGUUCAAUAUUUGGAACAGUUACGUAGACUUAUAUCUUUACGUGAAAGUGAUAUAUCAACUUUUAUUAAUGAACCAACUCAAGAUAAUUUGAAAAAAUUACUUUGGAGUAUUUUAAGCAAGCAAGAAACAGUGUUUGACAAUGAUAUGUCUGAAAGAGGUUUACAAUCUUGUAUUGAAUCUGCAUUGAGAUCAUAUUCUUUAUAUAGAAGCAAAGAUUUUACUUUUAGAGCAGAAAAGGAAUAUACAAAUUAUCAUAUCAAUGGAAAAGAAUAUACUGAAUUAAGAGCUGACCUUGUUAUUUCAACCGACAAUGACAUAUUUAUCAUUAAAUUGAAACGUUUGAGACCAAUGUAUUUAUCACAAUAUUCUACUAUUAGAAUUUGGAAACCUUAUAUGUUUAAGGAAAAAUUUAAAGAAUUAUUACAAGCUGAUGAAAGCCAGUUAUUGAAUAUGCUAGUUUUUCAAAAAUGGGCAAACAAAUAUGUUAAAGUUGAAAGUAUCUUAAAUGAGGCAAGUUCUAAGGUUAAACAAUAUGCCAAAAAAGAACAAGAAUUACUUGGCAAUAAUGAUAAAACUAUCCACAAGUUCGUUGUCAUUCAAGUUGGUUGGCCUCUUAUUGUGAGGAAAGUAAAUUAA